AUGCCGGACGGAGUCUGUGCCAACGCGCUGCACGGCGCUAAAAUCGCCUAUGCGGCCAGCUACCUCGCCGAUCUUAUCAGCGAGGUUCGCCUCUCUGAUGAGCCUGCGCUCGACGCAGGCACGAGUGGCCCCGAGAGCCUCUUUGCGGGCCACCUCGACCAACUCCACGUCACCGGCGAGCCUGACGCGUUCCCCAUCAACGUGGUGGUUGACGUCGUUCUGGACGAGCUUCUCGACCUGGUGUUCUUGCGCCUCCCCUCGUAUCUCGACCUCGUCCGCGCCGCGUGCGCGUGCAGGCGCUGGCGCCGUGUAAUCGCGGGCGACGGCGGCGGCUUCCUCCGUCGGUUCGGCUCUCCCCGAGGCGCGUCGUCCCCCCACGUCGUCGGCCGCUACCGCGUCGACGCGCGCCACCAGCACCCGCGUCCGCCUGGCCGUAACCCCGUCUUCGUCCCCUCCUCGCGGCAGAGGGGUACCGUGGCCCAACGGAACCUGGCGCUUGACUUCCUCCCGCGGGGGGAAUAUGGGGGGCGUUGCUGGGAGCUCGUGGACAGCCGGGGCGGCCUCCUCCUCCUCCUCGCCGACGAGGGGAUUUACACGGUGCUCCUCGUCUGCGACCCCCUGGCGCGGCGCUACAAGGAGAUCCCUAACUCGGCGUGGUUCCGCGACUGCGAUUUCCUAGGCGCCUUCCUUCUUGAUGGCGAGGACGCCGGCACGCGCUUCAGCAUGUCAAAUUUCAGGGUGACGUGCGCCGUCUAUUCCUGCGGGCAUCGUAUCGUCAGGGCCUGCGCCUUCUCGUCCGUUCGCGGCGGCCGCUGGACCUCCGGCGCCGGACGCAGCAGCACUGCAGACUGCGGAUUGGGUAUCAUCCACUUCGCGGGGAGCGACGACGGGUUCGCCUACUGGACGGCCGGGGACAACAUUGUUCUUACUCUGGACAAGGACGCCGCCGAGUUCACCUCUUCCGUCUUGCCCGACGACGGGGAGUACGCCGCUCUCCGGAACAAGCACCACGCCACGGAGUACGCCUACCAUCAGCCGUGGCCACCUACGAUCGAAGCUUGUUUGUCCUAGCUGCCGUGGCUUGGAGAUAUCCAUGGUGGCGUCCCAGGUUCUCAAUUCUGCCGUUUAUUGUGAUGUUCCUUGAGCAUGGAGUACCAGGGUCCGUCAUUCUUCUGUAGGCAUAAAGUGGUAACCAGCUUGUCAAUUUUUCAGAUCUUUAAUUGUGUUUGUUCGUAAUCGUUUACUGCUCGGCUCAUUGGAUUGUAUCAGUGCUAGUUUGAACAUUUUCCUGGUCUGGAGAUUCCUUUCGUAAAUGUGAAAUUGUUUGUUUUGGAUUGGAGAA